GUUUUAGAAAAAGAACCUCAGAUUUUUAAUCGUUCAAAUGCUGUAAAAAACUUAAUUAAUGAUCGUCAAUUUUGGAUUGCUGUUGAGCAAUUACAAAAUAUUCUUGGUCCAGUAAAAUGUGCUGUUAAAAGUUUAGAGUUUCAAACUACCUUGUUUGUGGAUGUAUUUGUUCAACUAGUUAAAAUGGCAAUCGCAAUUCAAAAAAUUCCAGUCCUAUAUAAUAACCAAUUUCGGCGUGAUUGUAUUGCUAUUUAUAACAAGCGAUAG